GUGGAAUCACGUGGGCGUCUGUCAUGUGACAGUCGGCUAUGUCCCAAUCCGGGCGGGCAGAACCGAGGACUGCAAUCAUGGGCAUGGGGAGCCGCGUGUCCGCCGCCUGGAGGGGCCCCAGCCUCACUGUCACCUGGCUGCUGCUGGGGCUGGGGCUGGGCCCGGGCCCGAGCAGCGGGGAGUCCUGGGGAGCCUCCCAAGUGGACUUCCAAGAGCGAUACUUUGAGCAGAUUUUGGAUCAUUUCAACUUUGAAAGUUAUGGCAACAAAACAUUCCUCCAGCGGUUCCUGGUGACAGAGAAGUUCUGGAAGAAGGGAACAGGACCAAUAUUUUUUUAUACGGGAAAUGAAGCUGAUGUCUGGGCCUUUGCCAGUAACUGCGAUUUCAUUCUGGAGCUAGCAUCAGUUGAGAAGGCUCUGGUCAUUUUUGCUGAACAUCGCUACUAUGGAAAGUCCCUUCCAUUUGGGGUCCAGUCCACCAGAAAGGGAAAUACAGCUCUGCUUACAGUAGAGCAGGCCUUGGCUGACUUUGCUGUGCUGAUCCAGGCUCUGCAAAAGGAGUACAAGGCUGAAAACGUGUCUGUUAUCACCUUUGGAGGCAGUUAUGGAGGGAUGCUCAGUGCCUACAUGAGGAUGAAGUACCCCAACCUAGUGGCUGGGGCACUGGCUGCCAGUGCUCCUGUGCUCUCCAUUGCUGGCAUUGGGGACUCCAGCCAGUUCUUCAGAGAUGUUACUGCUGACUUUGAGAACUAUAGCCCCAAAUGUGCGCAGGGUGUGCGAGAAGCCUUCAGACUGAUCAAAGACCUGUAUCUUCAGCAAGCCUUUGACAAAAUCAGCCAGGAAAUGGGUACUUGCACGCAGCCUUCAAGUGACUCAGCCAUCACCCAACUGUUUGAGUUUGCCCGAAAUGCCUUCACCAUGAUCACAAUGAUGGACUACCCCUACCCCACUGAUUUCAUGGGCCAUUUCCCAGCCAAUCCUGUCAAGGUGGGAUGUGAUCGGCUCCUUCGUGCAAAGAACCAGAUCCAGGGGCUCAGGGACCUGGCCGGACUGUUUUACAAUACUUCUGGGACAGAGCCAUGUUUUGAUAUCUAUAAACUUUACCACAAAUGUGCUGACCCCACAGGCUGUGGCACGGGCCCCAGUGCAGAGGCCUGGGAUUAUCAGGCCUGCACCGAGAUCAACCUCACCUUUGACAGCAAUAAUGUAACCGACAUGUUCCCUAAGAUCCCAUUCACUGAUGAGCUUCGAGAGAAGUACUGUUUCACCAGGUGGGGUGUCAGGCCCCGGAAAAGCUGGAUGCAGACCAACUUCUGGGGGAAGAAUCUCAAAGCUGCAAGCAACAUUAUAUUUUCAAAUGGAGAUCUGGAUCCCUGGGCAGGGGGUGGGAUAAGGAGUAAUUUGAGUUCGUCCUUGAUCGCUCUCACCAUCCAAGGCGGAGCUCAUCAUCUAGAUCUCAGAGGGUCUAAUCCAGCAGACCCUGUGUCUGUCAUAGAGGUCCGGAAGCUAGAAGCUGCAUAUAUCCACGAAUGGGUGAAAGCAGGAAGACAUUAACAGUAUGACUUCCAAAACUACAUUGUGUGGGACUCUCUACCUUCAGUGCCAGCCUCCGGAACAGUUUCUAAAGCCAGGCCUAAAGUGGGGUUUUGGAUGUCCCUUUGUACCCAAAGGGAACUUUCAAAGUCUUUAAGAUUAUCAGAUUAGGACUAUUGUUUGAUACUCAGCCUCCCAGGAGCAAGUUUUGCAAGAUCACCAUAAGGCUUAGCAUAUGAUCUCUACUGGUCUGACAUCUGGGCUGUGAAGAAGUAUUUGUAUACUGGGUUCUCUCUUAAUUGGGCUUAACAAACUCCUUCCCCCUUCUUCCUCUUCCCUGCUUCCCCCCACCUCCCCCACCCCCGAGUUUUCCAUUUUAAGGAAUCUUGGGGAAUGACAGUAAUGUAUAUAGGAUUUUCCCUUUUUGCAUCCCCUAAAAGUAAAAGCCACAACAAAAUACAACCAAAAAAGCUCCACCCUUUACUUUUGGUACUCUAAAGACAGAUAAAUUGAAGUUACCCUUGGGUAACCUUUGCCAUUCCCACCUAGCUGUACUUGAAAUUAGAAUUUUCUCUUCCCCUACUUCUGAGUAACAAAACAGCACUAUGCUAUUGCAGAAGGAGCGUUCAGUCAAGAAAUGCUUUAUAUAAACCUGAUGGCACAUGUAAUGAAGAGCAAUAAAAUUUUACCUGGA